GAUCUAUUUUAUUUUGUCGUAAAUUUUUAUACAUAAAUAUUAUUACUUAUAAUAGACUUUAUAUAAUGGAUAUAAAAAUGAAGUUAUUGAUUCUAAUUUUACUGAUAUCUUCAACAACAGCUGUAACGGCGCAAUUUGGUGAAGAAAGGCAGGAAGAAACUAAUAACAACGUUAGAUCCCGAUUCGAUCAAACAGAAGGUAGAACAAAUACAAAUAGUAAGGGAUUCGGAAUUAGCGGAAGCAGUUCUGGACAGAAAGGUUUGGAGUCAUCUUCGAUGCGUGGUAGUUCUAGAUCUCAUUAUAAACACAGAAAAUAUGGACAUCUCAAAGCUAAAGGCCAAUUCCGUUCACGUGGAAUCGGUAGACACGGUAUCGUGUCAUCAGAAUCUACAUAUUAUGUAAUUGAAGGCAAAUUCGAUAGAUAUGGUCGAAAGAGACCUACUAAGUCGAAAUUCAAAACUCGUGGAAAAGAGAAGAAAUAUUCUAAAAAAAUUGUUGAUAAUCAAUUCGAUAUUAAAGGUGGUUUAAUUGAAGAACGUAAAUAUAAACGAACUGGUGAUUAUCAAGCGAAUGGUACUCAUGCUUAUAUCCAAGUUGGAGCUGAACAACAUGAUUCUUCAAAUGUAAAAACAGAAAAUAGAGAAAGUAAACAUUCACAAAAGAACAAGCAAUUUGAUCUUAAUCUUAACAAUAACGUAACCAAUAAAAGUUUAAAUUUACGACAUCAAAAAUAAAACAUUUCAACAAUUUUAGGUAUAUAAUUUCUAUUAGACUAUAAUAAACGUAAUAUCGAUUUUCAUGUUAAUAACCUUUUGAUAUUAUAAUUUAUUGAUUCGUUUUGAUCUUCACACAUUAUUGAUAAAUAAUAAAAUCUACUAUUUCUACAUUGCAAGC